AUGGCUGAGGAACAGAAGCCCGUUGAGGUCGCCGCCCCGGUGGCCGUCGAGGAGACGGCUCCCGUCGUCGUUGAGGAGACCCCCGCCGUUGUCGAGACGGCUCCCCUUGUUGAGGACAAGCCCGCUGAGGAGGCGAAGCCGGCCGAGACUGAAGAGGCUGCUGAGGCUGCCAAGGAGGAGGACAAGAAGGAAGAGGAGGCGAAGCCCAUUGAGGAGGGUUUCCUGGGCCACAAGGCUCAGGGCGCCAGCUUCCCCAAGAACCUCAUCGCCAGCAAGGCUUUCUUCUUCUUCGGCUCCGAAGCCGUCGAGGCUGAAGUUCUCGCCGCCUACAAGAAGGCUGAGAAGCACGUUGAGGUUGCCCAGCACAACAUCGCUUGGGCCACCCACACCGGCAAGGGUCUUCUGUUCAUUGGUGACAAGAAGGCCCCCCAUGGCGUCAUCAACCUGGCUGAUGCCACCGAGCCUGAGACCGACGGCUCCAACAAGUUCCACUUCUCUGCCAAGGGCAACAAGCACAGCUUCAAGGCCAACUCUCUUGCUGAGCGUGACAACUGGGUCUCCCAGCUGAAGGAGAAGAUCGCUGAGGCCAAGGAGCUUGCCACCACCGUCGCUGAGUCUGAGAUCUACAAGCAGACCAUUGAGAGCUUCAAGCCCGCUCCCAAGGAGGAGGCCCCCAAGGAGGAGGCUGCUCCCGCUGAGGAGGCCGCUCCCAAGGCUGAUGAGCCUGCUGCCGCUGAGGAGACCGCCGCCAAGGAGGAAACCAAGGAUGAGCUGAAGGCCGAGGAGCCUAGCAAGCGUCGCUCCGCUAGCCGCAAGCGCGCUUCUUUCUUCGGCUUCGGCAAGAAGGAGGAGAAGAAGGACGAGGCCAAGCCUGAGGAGGCCGCUGCCGAGACCCCCGCUGUCGUCGAGCCUGUCCCCGAGACUGAGGCUCCUGUCACCGAGGAGGUUCCCGUCGUUGCUGAGCCUGCUGUUGAGGCCGAGACCAAGACCUCGGAUGAGGCUGCUCAGCCCGAGUCCCCCAAGGAGAAGCCCGCUGUCAACAAGCGCACCAGCUUCUUCGGCAACGUCUUCUCCAAGAAGGAGAAGAAGGCCGCCGAUGUCAAGCCUGAGGUCGAGUCCCCCAAGGAGGAGGAGGAGGUCCCCGCCACCACUGAGGCUGCCCCCGUCAUUCCUCCCGUCGAGGCCACCACCCCUCUGGCCGUCGAUGUCAGCAGCCCUGCCACCGUCCCUACUGAGACCACCGAGGCUGCCGUGACCAACGGCGAUGCCAAGAAGGAGAAGGAGAAGCGCAAGUCUUCUCUGCCCUUCACCUUCGGCAAGCGUGACAAGUCCCCCGGCCCCGCCGCUGAGGGCGAGGAGAAGAAGGGCGCGUUCUCCAAGCUCCGUGCUACCAUCAAGGGCAAGGGCGCCGCCAAGUCUGAGGACAAGCCUGCCGAGGAGGCCAAGGAGGAGGAUGCUAUCAAGGAGGAGGAGGAGACUCCUGCCGUCGACGAGGCUGCCAAGGAGGAGGCCAAGGAGGAGGCCCCCAAGACUGAGGAGGCCGAGGCCGAGAACAAGCCCGAGGGCGCCCCCGCUGCCGCCCCCGUCGUCACUGCGGCCGCUUAG